AUGCAGCCACCCGACACAGCCGACGACCACAACAGCAUUGCCGCCGCGUCCGAGGAGGCCGAGCGCCGCGUGCGCGCCAAGCUGGCUGCGCCGCAGCAGCUGCAGAAGGAAGUGGCGGAGCUGCGGCGGCGCGAGGCGGCGCUGCAGAUCCAGCUGGCAAACGCGACGCUCGAAAACGUCGAGCUGCGGCGCGAGGUGCGGCAGCUGGUACUAGACCCGGCCGUGCAGCGCGAGUUCGAGCGGCUGCGGUCCGACCUGCAGGAGAGCGGCGUCCACGUGCAGGCGCUCAAGGAGCAGCUCAACGGCGUGCAGUACACGCAGGACUCCAAGAUGGGCCAGAAGCUCGUGGGCAAGUGCCAGCAGCUCCUCAAGGAGAACCAGGAGCUCGGCCGCGAGCUGGCAGAGUCGCGGUCGGACGCCACCGCGCGGCAGCUCGCGGUGGCGCGCGGCUUUGCGGCAGACCUACAGGCGGCGCUGCACGAGAUGCGGGACGCGGCAGUGCUGCUGGAGGAGGAGCAGGAGGACCUGCUCAUGGCAGUGUUCCUGCAGAAGCGCCGCGCCGACGAUCUGGAGGCGCAGCUGAUGGCGCUGCAGGGCGGAGCGCUGUAG